CACCCCGCGCGCCCGCCCGCCGGCCCGCCUGCCUGCCGGACCCGGGCUCUCCGCCAGCGCCCAUUUCCGUUUCCGGUUCCUAGCGUUUCCGUUCUUAGUGGGCACGUCUGGGAGGGCAUCCUUCCAACCUUCAGAUGCUGGCCUGUGGGAUUCAGCAGAGGAUGAGUCCUCUGUCCUUUCAUUGGUGAGCCACUCUUCGCAACUGCUCUCCUAGCCAAUCACCAUCCUCAUGUCUACCUUACUCCUCAACCUGGAUUUUGGCGAACCUCCCCCGAAAAAGACUUCGGAAGGGAAUGCCAAGCACCAAAAAUUUGUCAGGAGGCGGCGGUUCUUAGAAAGGAGAGGCCUUCUCAAUAAGAAAAAACAGCCCCCUAACAAUGUGCCCAAGGGGCACUCAGAACCCGCAGAGAAAGGGGUCACUCAGGUGGGUGGCACCUGGGACUUUUCUCCCCUUCCAAAGAAGAAGAAGGCUGCAGACUCGAGCCGUGGGUCCGAGCCAACCCUGGACAAGAAAGCGUCUGUGCCUUGGCUGACCCCUGCCCCUUCACAGAAGACUGGUUCUGUUGUGGCAAAAGCAGAUUUGCUGGAGGAGUUCCAGAGCUCCCUUCCAGAGACUAAGAGCCCCCCAACUCGCCCUCAGAAGAAGGACCCCCAGAAGAACCCUAUUCAGAAGAAUACACCCCAUGACUCCACCCUGGCUCCCUCAGAGAACAAAUGCUCUGGAGCAUCCCACAAGACACCAAGGAAGAUGGUGGCGAUUGACUGUGAGAUGGUGGGCACCGGACCCAAGGGCCAUGUGAGCUCCUUGGCUCGAUGUAGCAUCGUCAACUACCACGGGGAUGUGCUCUAUGAUGAGUACGUCCUCCCGCCCUGUCCCAUUGUGGACUACCGCACCAGAUGGAGUGGUAUCCGCAAGCAGCACAUGGUGAACGCUACGCCCUUCAAGAUCGCUCGGGGCCAGAUCUUGAAGAUACUCACAGGGAAGAUAGUGGUGGGACAUGCCAUCCACAAUGACUUCAAAGCCCUUCAGUACUUUCACCCCAAGUCUCUCACCCGCGACACCUCCCACAUCCCUCCUCUCAACCGGAAGGCGGACUGCCCGGAGAAUGCGACCAUGUCUCUGAAGUACCUCACAAAGAAGCUGCUGAACCGGGACAUCCAGGCUGGAAAAAGUGGGCAUUCCUCUGUGGAAGACGCUCAGGCCACCAUGGAGCUGUACAAGUUGGUUGAAGUUGAGUGGGAACAGUACCUGGCCCAGAAUUCCCCUAAAGAUUAGCAGCAGUGGGGACAGCGGCGAUGAAAGGAGAAAUGGCAGUGGACCAGUGGACGGCGCUACCCGCUCCGCACCUUUGGAAGCUAAAGUUGUUGGGGGGAGAGAGGCUCUACCCCAGACUUAAUAUCCACUGAAAUCUCACCUCAGGUGUUGUGUUCUGUGUCCGGCUAAGUAUCCCAUGGAAGGAGGACGUUUCCAUGCCAGCCCUCUACUGUUUACCUCUUAAAUGGUGCUAACCACAGGCCCCCACCUGCUUUGUUCUACUUUCAAGGGCAGGGCAUACUGGGAAAUUUAGUCUCCCAAACUGCCUUGUCCAAGGGUGUUGUAUGCCUUUUGUUCUCAAGUGGUUAACAGCACCCCUUUUCCUCUCAGAAGUAUCCUCGUUGGAUGAUAAAUUAUAUAAUCACAUUACAUAUCAGAGUCUACAUCUAGUUUGUGGCAGGAUAUUGCCUGCUUAUCCCACCCUGACUUCCAGAGAAGCCAUCCUUGGUGAGGUUUAGUACGUAGGAUUACAAGGCAGAAGUAAGAGUGUGACUUGGAAGUCAACUUUUAUGAUUUAGGAAAGCUAUCUCUUCCCUAAAGCAUGAGAGGAUUUAUUUAACUUAGAUCCCAUUUGGUAGGUUAAAAGAUUUAAAAUGUUUAAAUGGUCUUAGUCCUUUUUUUAAAAUUUUCUGUCAAAGGUAAAAAUUUUAUUUUUUAUUUUUAAAUAUAUUUUUUAUUGGAUAAUAUUACAGAUAUCUCCUAUUUCUCCCCUUACCCCAUCCUCUAAAAGUUUUUAGUCUUUUACUUUUCUAAACCAAGCCUCUAAAAACUCAGAUUAUUCCCUUGAUAAAUAUUUUUCCUGAUAAAUUUUAA